AUGAUCUGCCUUUCAGACAACACCAUCCAGUCAAUUUUCUGUUGCUGUUGUUGCUGUUCCGUGCAGAAGAGAGAAGAAAGAACACAAGUUUGCAUGAGCAGAAAUGAAGAACUUUCAGAAAAAUACCCUCAGCACCGAAGGCAGUGGUUUUAUGAAUUGCAAAAGAAUAAGAAAUCUAACAGGGGCUGUGCACAACCCUCAAAACGUAAACCACUGCCUCCGCUUCCACCCUCUGAGAUUAUUGAAGAGAAGAUCCAAGUCAAAGCUCUGUUUGAUUUUGUGCCUAGAGAGCCCUGUGAUUUAGCACUGAAGAGAGCUGAGGAAUACCUGAUAGUGGAGAAGUAUAACCCACACUGGUGGAAGGCAAGAGACCAAUUAGGGAAUGAAGGCUUAAUCCCAAGCAAUUAUGUGACUGAAAACAAAAUAACCAAUUUAGAAAUAUAUGAGUGGUACCAUCGAAAUAUUACCAGAAAUCAGACUGAACGUCUUUUGAAACAUGAGUCUAAAGAAGGAGCUUUCAUUGUCAGAGAUUCAAGACACUUGGGAUCCUACACAAUUUCUGUGUUUAUAAGUGCAAGGAGAAAUGAGGAAGCUUCCAUCAAACACUAUCAGAUUAAAAAGAAUGACACAGGGCAGUGGUAUGUGGCUGAAAAACACUUCUUUCAUUCCAUCCCUGAGUUGAUCUGGUAUCAUCAACAUAACGCUGCUGGUCUCCUGACUCGUCUCCGCUACCCAGUUGGACUAAUGGGCAGUUGCAUGCCAGCCACCGCUGGAUUUAGCUAUGAAAAGUGGGAGAUCAAUCCAAAUGAGCUAUCUUUUGUAAGAGAGAUCGGAAGCGGUCAGUUUGGCAUUGUCCAUUUGGGUCAAUGGCGAGCACGGGUCCAUGUGGCUAUCAAGGCCAUUAAUGAAGGUUUCAUGUCUGAAGAGGAUUUUAUUGAAGAAGCUAAAGUGAUGAUGAAAUUGUCUCACUCACGUCUGGUUCAGCUGUAUGGAGUAUGUAUCCAACAAAAACCCCUGUAUAUUGUGACGGAGUAUAUGGAAAAUGGUUGCCUUCUUAACUACCUCCGGGAGAGGAAAGGAAAGCUCCGGAAGGAAGUACUCCUGAGCAUGUGCCAAGAUGUAUGUGAAGGAAUGGAGUAUCUGGAGAGAAACUGCUUCAUUCAUCGAGAUUUAGCAGCAAGGAAUUGUUUGGUCAGCUCUUCCAGUAUUGUAAAAAUUUCAGACUUUGGAAUGACAAGAUAUGUUUUGGAUGAUGAAUAUAUAAGUUCUUCUGGAGCCAAGUUCCCAAUCAAGUGGUCACCACCUGAAGUUUUCCAUUUCAACAAGUACAGCAGCAAAUCUGAUGUCUGGUCAUUUGGUGUGUUGAUGUGGGAAGUUUUUACAGAAGGAAAAAUGCCCUUUGAAAAUAAGUCAAAUUUACAAGUUGUAGAAGCCAUUUCUAAUGGGUUCAGGUUGUAUCGACCUCGCCUGGCACCAUUGUGCGUCUAUGAAGUCAUGUACAGUUGCUGGCAUGAGAAACCUAGAAGCCGCCCUACAUUUGCAGAGCUGCUGCAGGUGCUUACUGAGAUUGCAGAAACCCGGUGA